GGGACAUGUGCCAGGGCUGGCGAAGGUCGCAGCUCGUGAGUGACUGUCUCUAUGGAAUCAAGUUUGAAAUGAAGACGGAGAGACUGGAGAAAGUGAUCUGGAACCAUUCGGAAGACUUACAAGUUGGAGAGAAUGAAGAAAGUUGUCUGACUGAGGGUAAUAGCAAACUGAGAACCCGGAGAGGGGAGUUUGCGGAGGUGAAGAAAUUACAGAUGAAUCUCAGAAGAGAGAAGCGGAAGCUUGAAGGGAACCUGAAGAUGACCAUCGACAGUUCAAAUGAAGUGCAAAACCUGAAAGUUGAUCUGGAAGAAGUCAUGAGGAAGAAAAAGCUGGAGAGAAGUGCAGUGAAUACUGAACAGGAGGCUGAAGAGACUGCGGGAGCAGUGCAGGCCACGUGUUUCCGUUUGGAGAAGAUCAAACAGCAGCUACCGAUCACAGGAAUGAGGAAGAAUACAGAUUCGAUGGAUGAUGUGCUGGAUGUGUGGUACAUGCUGCCUUUUGCUGACUUUCCCUCGAUUGAGGAAGAGACCUUUGGCCCUUCUCCCAUUGAGUCAGGUGUAGCGGGGAGGGUUAGCUGUGUGCAGUGUGGGGCAUGAGUGAGAGGAAGAAAAAGCUGGAGAGAAGUGCAGUGAAUACUGAACAGGAGGCUGAAGAGACUGCGGGAGCAGUGCAGGCCACGUGUUUCCGUUUGGAGAAGAUCAAAC